CAGUAUUGCCUCUCUCUCCUCUCUCUCUCCUCUCUCUCUCUCUCCUCUCUCUCCUCUCUCUCUCUCUCUCUCUCUCUCUCUCUCUCUCUAGGCUACUGUUUUCAAGUUCUCACCUGGUAAAUAUCUUGAACUUUUCUUCAAAGAUUUCAUCUGGGUUUUUAUUAUUUUGUGUAAUUAAUAAUAUUUGUGUAACAUAUGAUUGCAUCUAUGUUUCUUUUUUAAUUAAUUGCCAUGAAAUUUAAUAACUUAUAUAACUAAGUUGUUAAGUUUAAAAUGGUAUCGAGAUCAUAUUCCAAUUUAUUAGAUCUCGCCGGCGGCGAGCUGCCGUCGCCGCCGGCGUUCAGCCGUAUGACCGUCCAAUUCCCCCGGAUUAUGACCGUCUCCGGCAUAGUUUCCGACACCGAUGAUGACCCAUCAGGGAGUGUAUCCUCUGGUUUAUCAUCACCAUCAAUCCCACAUGAUCGGUUGAUCAUUGUUGCUAACCAGCUGCCCAUUCGAGCUCACCAGAAAACAUUUUCCGACGGCUCGAAUCGCUGGGAUUUUAGUUUGGAUGAGAAUUCACUUCUCCUUCAACUAAAAGAUGGUUUAGGACCCGGGCCCGGUAUCGGGCCUAAAAACGGGUCUGGGCCCGGGCCCAAAACCGGCUCAAAUGGGCCCGGAAUCACUAACGGGCCUGGAAAUGGGCCCGGAAUCACUAACGGGCCUGGAAAUGGGCCCGGGCCCGAUGGAAUGGAAGUUAUCUAUGUGGGUUGUUUGAAAGAAGAAAUUCAUCCAAGUGAACAAGAUGAAGUAUCACAGAUUCUUUUGGAAAAAUUCAAAUGUGUGCCCACAUUUUUCCCACCUGGAUUAUACACAAGAUUCUAUCAUGGGUUUUGUAAGCAGCAGUUAUGGCCGUUAUUUCAUUACAUGUUGCCGCUGUCGCCGGAUUUAGGGGGUCGGUUUAACCGGUCGUUAUGGCAAGCUUAUGUUUCGGUCAACAAGAUUUUCGCUGAUAGAAUCAUGGAGGUGAUCAACCCGGAAGACGAUUUCGUGUGGAUUCAUGAUUAUCAUCUCAUGGCUUUGCCGACGUUUUUGAGGAAACGGUUUAAUCGGGUUAAACUUGGGUUUUUCUUGCACAGCCCGUUUCCUUCGUCGGAGAUAUAUAAGACUUUACCCGUUAGAGAAGAGAUUCUUCGCGCGCUUUUGAAUUCGGAUUUGAUCGGGUUCCAUACGUUCGACUACGCGCGUCAUUUUCUGUCUUGUUGUAGUCGAAUGUUGGGGAUUUCGUAUGAAUCUAAACGCGGUUAUAUCAGUUUGGAAUACUACGGGCGAACGGUUAGUAUCAAGAUUCUCCCUGUUGGGAUUCAUAUGAAACGACUUCAAACCGUGCUAAACCUGCCCGAAACUGAAUUGAAGGUUUCCGAGCUCAUCAAGCAGUUUAAAGAUCAAGGGAAAACAAUGUUGUUAGGUGUUGAUGAUAUGGACAUAUUCAAAGGAAUUAGCUUGAAGUUCUUAGCGAUGGAACAGUUAUUGAUUCAGCAUCCCGAGUGGCAAGGAAAGCUCGUUUUAGUACAGAUAGCGAAUCCCGCAAGGGGUAACGGAAAUGAUGUGAAGGAAGUGAAGGCGGAAACUUAUUCAACCGUCAAACGAAUCAACGAGUUGUUCAGGAAGCCCGGGUACGAGCCCAUUAUUUUGAUCGAUCAGCCGCUUAAGUUUUACGAGCGGGUAGCUUAUUAUGUUGUUGCCGAGUGUUGUUUGGUGACAGCGGUUAGAGACGGGAUGAAUCUUAUGCCGUAUGAGUACAUUAUCAGUCGCCAGGGUAACGAUAAGCUCGAUAAGGUCUUAGGUUUGGAACCGUCGAUGUCAAAGAAAAGCAUGUUGGUUGUUUCCGAGUUUAUCGGAUGCUCACCGUCUUUAAGUGGGGCCAUACGGGUCAACCCGUGGGAUAUUGACUCGGUUGCUGAUGCAAUGGACUGUGCCUUAGAGCUGAGUGAGCCCGAGAAGCAAUUGAGACACGAGAAGCAUUAUAGAUACGUGAGUACUCAUGAUGUCGGGUAUUGGGCCCGUAGCUUUAUGCAAGAUUUGAAGAGAACAUGUAUCGAUCACGUGAGGAAAAGGUCGUGGGGGAUAGGUUUCGGGUUGAGUUUUCGAGUCGUCGCUUUAGAUCCGAACUUUCAGAAGCUAUCGAUGGAGCGUAUAGUUUCAGCUUAUAAACAAACUACCAGAAGAGCGAUUCUUUUGGAUUACGAUGGCACUUUAAUGCCUCAAUCUUCCAUCGAUAAGAGUCCGAGUUCGAAAACCGUAGAGAUGCUCAACACUUUGUGUAGAGACAAGAACAAUAUGGUUUUUGUUGUGAGUGCAAGGAGCCGAAACAUGUUAAGCGAAUGGUUUGCUUCUUGCGAAAAACUCGGGCUCGCAGCAGAACACGGGUGUUUUCUAAGGUUGAAAAGAGAUGAAGAAUGGGAGACGUGUGUGCAAGUGGAAGAUUCGGGGUGGAAGCAGAAUGCUCAUCCGAUUAUGACACUUUACACCGAGACAACCGAUGGAUCAAUGAUUGAGACGAAAGAUACAUCGAUGGUGUGGUCUUACGAAGACGCAGAUCCUGAUUUUGGAUCUUGUCAAGCUAAAGAGCUUCUUGAUCAUCUCGAAAGUGUGCUUGCUAAUGAACCCGUGACAGUGAAAAGAGAAAAGAGUUGUGUUGAGAUUAAGCCACAGGGUGUAAGCAAGGGACUGGUUGUGAAACGACUGCUCGCAAACAUGCACGAGAGGGGAACGACUCCAGAUUUUGUGUUGUGUAUAGGAGACGAUCGGUCAGAUGAAGAUAUGUUCGAGGUAAUUACGAGUUCUGUAGCGUCUGACAAAUGCAUUGCUCCAAAUGCAGAAGUGUUUGCAUGCACAGUGGGGAAUAAACCUAGUAAGGCCAAGUAUUAUCUUGAUGAUACAGUUGAGAUUGCUAGAAUGAUGCAGGGGCUGGCUUUAGUAUCUGAAAAACCUUGUUAAUUGAGAGCGACUGAUUUUAGGAUGAGUAUACAGUUGUUUGGUUUGGUUGGUUCCUGCUGUUUAGUUGUAAAUUUCAUACAGUUGUUAAAACUUCAUGUUCAGUUGAUCUGUACAUAUUUGUUGUUUUCUUUGUUUUUGUGGCAGAGUUCAUCAGUUUAUAGGCUUGUAAACUUCUUGUUC